UAUCGAAGUGCGCGCGGCAGUGGAGCGGUGGUUAUCGCAUUUGCCACGGACGUGGGGUAGAAAGGAGGGGUCCCUCUCGACCGCGCGGUCGCGAGUAAGUCACUUCGGUCAGUCGAGUUCAGUGCGCGCGCGUUCGUCACUGGUGGCGGCAACUUGAUAGACGAACUUGAUCGAAGUGAUGGCGGCUCUCAAACGAAUAACCAGCCUGGGCCGGGCACUCGCGACGAUGACGUCCGCGUCGCGGCCCUGCCUCCAGCGCGCCACGAGGAAGACCUUCUUCACGUACGUGAACGAGCCCUCGAUGCCGAUCCCCGGCAAGGAGCCCUGCUGGGUGAAGACCGCCGACGAGGCUAUCGAGCAGGCCGAACUCGACUCAGAUCAGGCGGUGUACGUCCAGGGCGCGGCGGCGACACCCGUUGAAUUACUGAGAGCGAUGACCGACUACGGGGUACGCUGCGAUGUGAGAAACGUCCGUUUGUAUCACAUGCAUCUCGAGGGGUCAGCCCCGUUCGCUAAGCCAGAAAACGCAAAGCACUUUAGAUCCGUCAGCUUGUUUAUCGGUGGCAACGUGCGACCCGCGGUGAACGCGGGCAACGCCGACUGCAUUCCCAUUUUUCUGCAUGAGAUUCCGCGUCUCUUCAAGGAAGGCUACCUGAAGCCUGACAUCGCGCUCAUCCAUGUGUCGCCGCCGGAUGACAAGGGUUACUGCUCCUUCGGUACCAGCGUAGACUGCGCUCGGUCUGCUGUCAGUCAUUCCAAAUGUGUCGUAGCCUUAGUCAAUAAGUACAUGCCUAGGACCUUCGGCGACGCUCUCAUUCACGAAAGCCAUCUGGAUUUCGCCGUGGAACAUCACGAGCCACUGCCGGUUCAUCCGGUGAAGCCGCCUUCCAAGGCUGAGCAGAUGAUCGGCAAGCACAUCGCCGAGAAUCUGGUGGUGGACGGUGCCACGUUGCAGCUGGGUAUCGGCAGCAUACCCGACGCCGUGCUCUCGGGACUGGGUAAUCACAAGGACCUCGGUAUCCACAGCGAGAUGUUCAGCGACGGUGUGGUGGAUCUCGUGAACAAGGGUUGCAUCACGAAUAAUCAAAAGACGAUGCACCGGGGUCGAAUUAUCGGUUCAUUCUGCGUGGGCUCGGAGAAGCUCUACGAAUUUAUGGACAACAAUCCUUUCAUAGAGAUGCUGGUGGUAGAUUACGUCAAUGAUCCCAGAAUAGUCGCCAAACAACCGAAGAUGACUGCCAUCAAUUCGUGUAUCGAGGUGGAUAUCACCGGUCAGGUUUGUUCGGACAGUAUUGGAACGAGAAUGUACUCCGGUUUUGGAGGACAAUUGGAUUUUAUAACGGGCGCCGCGAUGAGCGAAGAUCGACAAGGAAAGCCGAUCAUAGCGCUUCAAUCAGUCACCGCUAAGGGCCAGAGCAAGAUACAGUCGGUUUUAACGUCGGGUGCUGGAGUAGUUACCAACAGAGCGGUGGUGCGAUACGUAGUGACAGAGCAGGGAAUCGCCAGUUUGUUUGGCAAGAGUCUUCAGCAACGUGCGUACGAGUUGAUCAAGGUGGCUCAUCCCGAUCACAGAGAAGCGCUCGAGAAAUCUGCGUUCGAACGCUUAAAAGUGAUGCCCGCCCCUUAAGCCGAAAAAACACGUGAUAUAGGAAACAUCAUAUUUAAUAGCAUUUUACAAUCACCCGUGUGCUUUAGCCACGCACAACGGCCAAAGUAUCGCGAAGUGUCUUCUUCUUGUACAAUAUUGUACGUGCUCUCUUACAAGAAGACAAUUCGCCGGCCUUUUAAAAUGAGGAGAGAGAGAGAGAGAGAGAGAGAGAGAGAGAAAUCUGUACUAGAAAAUAUACAGAAAAUUUAAUGCGCUAAAAUUGUAUCAUUAUGUAUGUAAGAAUUCGUAAUACGAGAUCGCACUUGUUUCCAUAUACAUAAUUAUUAAUUUAAGCCACGUGUGUUUUAUAUUGUGAAAAGAAACGUGUUCGCGCCGUAGAACACGACAUUUAGACAGAAAAUGGCGCAAUUCGCCAUUGCCGUUUCUAGUUGUAAACGUUUUUUAUAUCUGUCAACGUUCCUUUGUAUAAUUUAUCAUGUUACCACAUAUUGUAAUGAGAAAGUUGAAAUGAAAUAGGAAAAAAUAUAUAAGAUGAGAAUGCU